AUGUCUCGUUUAGAAGCUAAGAAGCCGUCGUCGUGUAAAACCGAACCAUUGACAAGUGAGAAAGUCAGGUCUACACUUUCUGUCUUGAAAGGAAUCAUAGCCUCAUGCUAUGGCCCUUCAGGGAGGCUGAAGCAGCUGCACAAUGGAUUGGGAGGUUGUGUGUGCACAACCUCACAGUCCUCAGCCCUGCUUCGAAACCUUUCAGUCACCCAUCCUGUAUUAAAGGUCCUAAUUUCAUCUGUGCAGAAUCACGUGUCCUGCUUCAGUGACUGCGGCUUAUUCACAGCCAUUCUGUGCUGCAACUUGAUUGAAAACAUUCAGAGAAUAGGUUUGACACCCAUGACUGCUGUUCAAUUAAAUAAAUACCUUUUGAGUGUCUGUACCAGUUAUCUCAAGUCUGAAGCCUGUAGUUGUCGAAUUCCUGUUGACUUCAGAAGUACACAUACCUUCCUCGGCUUGGUACACAGUAUCUUAACAAGCAAACCAGCCUGUAUGCUCACCAGAAAGGAAAUAGAUCACAUAGGUGCUUUGAUUUUGAAAGCUUUUUUGCUUACAAUUCCAGAAAGUACAGAACGAAUGGUUUUAGGGAAGAGUAUAAUUGUUCCCUUAAAGGGCCAAGGAGUUACAGAUUCUACUGUAUUACCUGGACUACUCAUCGAAGCAUCAGAAGUUCAAUUAAGGAGAUUGUUACCCACCAAAAAGUCAAGUGCCCUUAGGGUGGCACUCUUCUGUGCAUCUUUAUCUGGAGAUUUUUCUAAUGCUGGAGAAGGCACUGUGGUGGUCCAUAACAAAGUGUCCCUUGAGAAUGUAGUUUUAGAGCAGUUGCUUAAUCUAGGAAGGCAGCUAGUCGCUGACCACGUAGAUCUUGUCCUGUGCCAAAAAGUAAUACACCCAUCUCUGAAACAGUUCUUCAGCGAGCAUCACAUUAUUGCCAUCGACAGAGUUGGAGUGACUCUGAUGGAACCUCUGAGCAAAGUGACAGGAGCCAUGCCUAUUGGUUCCCUAGACCCAAUAGUUUCUACUGCUUAUGGAAGUGUGAAAGAUGUGUGCUCUGCAAGAUUUGGCUCCAAACAUUUUUUUCAUCUUCUUCCUAAUGAGGCGACUGUCUGCAGCUUGCUUCUCUGCAGCAGAAAUGACACUGCCUGGGAGGAACUGAAGCUCACAUGUCAAACAGCAAUGCAUGUCUUGCAGUUAACAGUCAAGGAACCAUGGGUGUUAUUGGGAGGUGGCUGUAUGGAAACACACUUGGCUGCAUAUAUCAGACACAAGGUUCAUAACAAGGCAGAAGAUAUUGUCAGAGAUGAUGGGUGUUCCCAGGCAGAGCUCCACAUUGCUGCUGAAGCAUUUUGCAGUGCUCUGGAGUCCGUUGCUAGCUGUUUGGAACAUGAUGGUGGUGAAAUCCUCAUUGACAUGAAGUAUGGACACUGUUGGUCAUGUCAAACAGAUUCCGCUUCUGUCAGUAACUGGCCAGAUACGCUGUCACGAUGUGGCUGUGGUUUGUACAACAGCCAGGAAGAGCUCAGCUGGUCUGUCUUAAGAAGCACUUAUCAUCCUUUUGUACCACAAACCUGCCUUCCACAGGCAGCUGUGGGCUUAGCCAGGGACCUGACUGUGGACUCUUUCACUGCCAAGCUGAGUGGCCUACAGGUGGCUGUAGAGACAGCCAAUUUGAUUUUAGAUCUUUCAUAUGUCAUUGAAGAUAAAAAUUAACAUAAGAACAUUCAUAUAUGUGUUAUGAAGCAAACUAGUUGAGGUGUCUAAGAGAGCAUUUUGGUCUCUCCAAAAAGCCUGUUCUCCAUAGGUGAAGAGAUGAUUUGUAAAAGUAUACUUGUAUACUUGUAUACUUGAGGAAAAUUAUGGUUGUUAAAUAGAAAUUUAAAGAUUAAUAAAAAUUCUUGAUGCCUUUGCAUUAUCA